AUGAGCUCCGCGACCGCGGCGGCGUCGUUCCGCGGACGCGCGGCGUGCGCGGCGUCGAGCGGCCGCGGCGAAGGCGGCGCGCGUCCGCGUCUUCUCCUCGCGCGCGCGUCGCGCGGGCGCGGACGGCACGUCGCGCGCCAAGACGCGCGGGCGCGACGCGGACGCGCGCCGUCGCGCCGUCGCGCCGCGCUCGUCCUACGCGCGGCGGCGGCGAGCGGCGACGCCGGCGCGGCCGACGACGCGCCCGUGGCGAGGAAGACGCGGACGGUGAAGAUAUUCAGCGUCAACGACGUGUACGAGCUCCACAACCUCAGCGCGUUGAAGUGCUUCGUGGAGGACCACGUCGAGCCGGGCGAGCCUCACCUCUUGACGCUCAACGGCGACUUCCUCUCCCCCUCCCUCCUGUCGUCGCUCGACCUCGGCGCGGCCGCGGUGCGGGUCAUGAACGCCGUGGGCGUCACGCACGCGUGCCUCGGGAACCACGAGUUCGACCACAGCGUCGCGACGUUGGGGCUGCGGCUCUCGGAGCUGGAGUGCGAGGUGGUCAACACCAACGUCUUCGCGUGUCCCGUCGGCGCCGAGCGCGGGAGCGCGUCCGCGGCGGCGGCGGCGACGCGCGGACCGACCGGCGUCCCGUUCCCCGCCGUGAGCGGCGUCGGCGGCGGCGGCGGCGACGGCGACGGCGAUGAUGUCGCUCCCUCGGCGGCGGCGACGCUCGGCGCGGGGGCGUUUUUGGACGAGCUCCCGAGGGCGUCGAUCGCGGAGAUCAACGGCGUGAAGAUCGGCCUCCUCGGCGUGUGCACGACGUCGACGCCGUUGUCGUCCGCGAAGAAACCCGUCGGCGUCGUGUUCGCAGACGCGAUCCCGAUGGCGCGGCACCACGCCCGCGAGCUGCUCCCGCGCGUCGACGCGAUCGUCGCGCUGACGCAUCAGGCGCGUUCUCCGCGCGCGUUUUUCAUUUCACUCACCCCGACCCCGCGCACGUUGCCCGAGGACGCGCGGCUCGCGGAGGACGUCCCGGAGAUUGGGCUCAUCCUCGGCGGACACGAGCACACGCCGUUCGCGGGACGGAUGGGGCACGGCGCGAACGCCGCGAGCGUGGGCGCGGGCGUCGCCGCGAACGACGCGGACGGCGGCGGCGGCGCGUGCGUGAACGACGAGGCCGGGACGCUGUGCGUCAAGGCGGGCAUGGACGCGGAGUGCGUCGUCGUCGUGGAAGUUGAACUGCCGGAGCCGGACGGCGACGGUCGCGACGCGGUGGGCGCGGACAGAGGCGGCGAGUGCACGGCGGCGAACGCGGCGGGGGGCGUCGCGGACGCGGCGUACGCCGCGCGGAAACACCACGACGACUUUGGGCACGGCGGGCUGUGGUCGGACGCGAUCGACGACGCGGACGGGGCGUCGAACAACGUCGUCGCGGCGCCGACGCCGUCAGGGGCGGGGACGGGGGCGAAGAGGACGCCACUGCCGCGCUCUGGGGAGGAGGACGCGGAAGUCGUCGACCACCGCGCGCGGCCCGGCGCUGAAGUUGGCAAAGAGGUGGCCGUGGUCCGCCCGGGCAGCGGCGUGCGCAUAUCCGCGAGGAUGUUCUCCCUGCGCGGAUACCGCACCGACCCGGCGGUGGACGCGGAGAUUUACGAGCGCUCAGAGAUUCUGCGCGGGAUGAACCAGCACACGCUGUCGCUUCACGAGCACGGCGAAACUUUGGGUCUGACCCCGCUGUCGUCGCGGGACUCGCGAGGCGGGCAGUGCUCCCUCGGGACGCUGUUCGCGACGAUACUGAGGGACGAGUGCGGCGCCGACGUGUGCCUGUACAACAGCGGCGGGAUAAGAGGAAACGCGCGGUACGGCUCUGACGCGCUGACGUACGGCGACCUCGUCGCGGAGGUGCCGUUCGAGAACAAUAUCAUCACGCUGACGAUGAAAGGGCGCGAGGUGGCCGCCGCGAUCGGGUUCAGCGAGGCGGAGAGAGAGAGGAGAUCGCGCGAGGGCGGGAGCUGGGGCGGGUACCUGCAGUACGACGCCGGCGUCGACGCGAAGGUGGUCCCGGCGACGCGCGAGGCGCACCCGUUCGCGACCGGCGUCGACCGCGCGACGGUGCCGGUGAAGAUCAAGGGCGCGCCGUUCGACCCGGACGCGACGUACCGCGUCGUGACGUGGGCGGGGCUGUUGGACGGCGCGGACGACAUCCCGGUGUUUCGCGACAUCGGCGCGAGGAUCUCGAACGCCGUGCAUCACGCCGAGUGCGAUCCGGAGGACGAGGCGUGCAUCGCGGAAGCGGAAGCGGCGAGGAGCGGCGGCGGCGGCGGCGGCCCCGCGGCGGCGGUCAUCAACUCCUCCGACGGCGUCCCGUUCAAGAUUCUCGUCAUGCGGCACCUCGCGCGUCUGCGGUGGCGCGAGAUUCUCGAAACGUACCGCGUCGAGCCGGGGUCGGGUUCGAGCUUAAUCUCGAACGACGACGCGUUCUUCGCCGCCGUCGACCGCGACGGCGACGGACUGAUCACCGCGUCGGACGUCCGCGUCGUCCUCGAGGCGAGAACCGCGAGCGCGAGCGCCGAGCGGGAAGCCGAGGCGAUGGUUCGAGUCUUCGACGGCGACGGCGACGGCGCGGUGUCGAGGUGGGACGUCGCGGAGCUCACGUCGCACUGGAGCGGCGCGACGGAGACGGACGGCGAGACGACUUCCCGCGCGCUCCCGUCCGCGUGUUGA